AUGACUUGCAAUAAUCAACAAGUAAACUUGGAACAUGACACUAAUCUAACACAACCUAUUCAAUUAAAAAAGAAAAAGGAAUUUAGUUUUAAUAAUUAUAAAACAAGACAUAUUGCCAUUCGUUUGACUUAUAUUGGAAUUGACUAUAAUGGCAUUCAAUGUACAUUAUUAAAUGAUGUCACAGAUGCAACAUUUGAUUCAGUGAUUAACGAUGGAACUAUAGAAUAUCAAUUAUUUAAAGCACUCUUUAAGACACGACUUAUUCAAAAUACAAAAGAUUGUAAAUAUAACAGAUGUGGAAGAACAGAUAAAGGUGUUUCAGCAUUUGGACAAGUAGUUGAUUUAUGGGUAAGAAGUAACUUAAAAGAUGAAACAAUUUUAUAUACUAAAAGAGAAGGUGAGUUGGACUAUUGUCGUAUGUUAAAUGGAUUAUUACCAACUGAUAUUCGAUGUCUUGGAUGGUGUGGAGUUCCUGAUGAUUUUAACUCAAGGUUUAGUUGUCAGUCAAGAACAUAUCAUUAUUACUUUGAUCCAUCCUCUUAUGAUGUUCCUAAAAUGAAAGAAGCAGCUCAGUUGUUUUUGGGAGAACAUGAUUUUACAAACUUUUGUAAGAAAGAUCCUGCUGUUUCUCAUUGUGUAAGAAGAGUUAAUUCAUUUGAAGUUGAAGAAACAGAUGGACUAAGUAGAUUUGUUGUAUGUGGGACUGCUUUUGUAUGGCAUCAAGUUAGAUAUAUGGUAGGAGCUUUAUUUGCUAUAGGACAAGGUGCUAAUCCAGAAAGCAUUAAACAGUUAUUAGAUGUAGAACAUUAUACUAAACCAAAUUAUUUUAAAUAUGCACCAGCAUAUCCAUUAGUAUUGUAUGAAUGCAAAUAUGAUGGAGUUGAAUUUUUAUGUGAUAAUUCUAAUGUUAAAUUGCUUGGGGAUAUUGUAGAGGCAUGGAAAGAAAUUGAGAUUAAAGGAAUGAUGAGAAAGAGUUUAAUGAAAUUAGCCAUGGAACAAAAGAUGAGUGAUGGAAAACUAACAGUAGGAGAGAAGAUGAAAUUAGUAGAAAAGAAGAAAAUCGAACUAAAACCAAAGAAAUUAGAUAGUAAUAAUAAAUAA